GCGCUCAUUUAUUGCCGUCCUCGAGCCCACAGCAGCAAGACGCAAAUCGUGAUCCGUGUCAAGUGAAAAAUUGUUUGCAGCGAAUCGUUCGCUGGUUUCUGAAGGAAGAUUUUCGUAUCUACCGAAGUUGUGCGGGAAGAUUUUUGUCGAACCAAGAAGGUUCACAAGGUCUUUGGGGUUUGAUCGUUGGUUCGUGCCGCGUACUCAAGCGAAAAUGGCAAAAUUCAACAACGCAAUAGUGUUUGGGCUCGUUCUCAUCUUUGCAUCCGCCUUCGCGAAAUCUGACAGCGGUGCUUGUGAAAUCAAUGUUGAGGGAUGUAGCCCCAACUACUCGAGCUUCGAUGUCACAAACAAGACGUUGGAAAAGGACCUGAGAAAGUACGCCAGUCAGCUGGUGGACAAAUCGUACCACUUCCUCAUCCUGUCGUCCACGUUCAACAAGUUCAAUUUGGACCGCCCUGGGUUCGAGAAGCUGUACCGCAAGAUUAGCGACAAAGCGUGGGCCGAUGCCAUCGAUUUGAUCAAGUACCAGAGCCGCCGUGGAUCUUUCGGUCACCUGGUCAAUCCACGCGAGGAGGUACCCAAGGAGCAGGGUAAUAUCUUGAUCCGCUCUGGAAACUACCAGAAGGCAAAGGAGCUCAAAGAGCUCGGCUCACUGCAGUUCGCCCUGGAGUACGAGAAGGCGUUGGCCCAGGAAGCGCACGCCAUCCAUCGCAAGGUUUCGCACGCCCACAAGUCCGGCGAUGAGCACCAUCACUACGAUCCAGAUGUAGCCCACUACUUGGACGAAAACAUCAUCGAGUACCAGUCGGGCACCGUGCGUGAGCUUGCUGGGUACAUUCAUAAUCUGAAGCACUUCUCGGAGAAGUCGCAGGGUGCAAGUGAUCUGGGAGUGCAUCUGUUUGACGAAUUCCUGGCCAAGGCUCAGUAAAGGCUUGGAUAGCUUUGCCCCAGCCUAAAGAAAAAUAAAUGCAUAGCGUUUCGUGAAAUUGCCGCUCUGUAGCGCAAUGUUCCAUUUGAAAUAAACCCACUGUAUUUUUGUGAUCUAGCGAGGAAAGCGGCGUGAUUGGCCAAGAAUGAGCUAUUGAAAUAAAGAAUCCAGCUCGGAACAGGUACACAAAA